AUGAAUCUGCAGAGGUUGUUUCUGGAAGUGUUUGGCACUGAAGGGACUGUAGCCGUGCAGUGUCGGUGGGGGGAGGGGUGUGUGUGUCUGGAGUGCCCCAGUGGCCAAGAGCCAAUCAAGGCUUGCGGGCAGGUCGAGGGGCCAGGCGAGGCGAUGCAAUGCCAAUCUUGUCCAGCUGGUACUUUUUCGGACGGCUAUGACUCUGAUCAAUGCCGCCCACAUUCCUCCUGCGGGGUCCUCAACAAAAAGGUUGUGACCUCUGGUACAUCACACUCUGAUGCAGUCUGCGGAGACUGUCUGUCUGGGUUCCACCCCACUGCUAUGAGGACAGCCUCCACCCUGGCCUGUGUGACAGCCCCCCCUGCCCAAUCUACCCACGUGCGUGUGGUGCGUACGGUGGGUAAGGGUGCGACGGGCAGUGGCGGCCUGCCGGUGAACGGUACGGCAGUGCGAAGCCCGGAGGAGAAGAGUACAGAGUAUGCAGUGUUCGCCCUGGUGCCAAUCUUCUGUGUGAUGGGGCUCCUGGGGAUCCUCAUCUGUAACAUCCUCAAGAAGAAAGGAUACAACUGCACUGCUGAGAAGGAGGGAGGAGACGAGGAGAAUGCCACACCACAGAAAGAGGGUAACGCUUGUCCCUACAUCGUAGACGAUCCUAAUGAAGACACCAUCAGUGUUCUAGUGCGCCUCAUCACAGAGAAGAAAGAGAAUGCUGCUGCCCUGGAGGAGCUGCUACUGGAGUACGAGAGUAAACAGAUGGCCAUCAGCAAAGCCUCCUCAAUCAAGUUCCCGGUGCUGUCUCCUUUGACUCAGUUCCUCUCCUUACCCAGACUAUGUCCUCACCAGUCUCACCUCCACACCAUCUCUGGUCUGUCUGGUCUGUCUGGCCCCCGACACGGCUACUGCUGCUCCCGCUGUGCCCAGAAGAAAUGGCCCCCCAUCCUCCUGCCCCCCUUCGGCCCCCUCAAACCCCCACAGUUCCUGCUGACCCCCCUCAAACCCCCUCAGUCUCUCCUGUUACCCCCUCGGGACCUCCAGGCCCUCCAGAAGACUCCUCUCCUGUCCCCUGUGGACACACAUCACUCCGCCACUAAGAUCUCCCAGACCCCCAGGGCUGGGUCAGGGUUACUCCCUGAGGGGAAGUGGAGGAUGCCUGGGGAGGUGACCCGGUCUGUUGGGAGGUUUCAGGUGGCUCAGAUUCAGGAGCAGAGGCCUGGUUCCAUGGAGAUGACAUUCUGCCCAGAGUCGAGUGACUCAGACUCAGUGGAGGAUUCAUCUCUGCUGGGGGCGAACAAGUCAUCCUCGUCAUCAUCCUCAUCAGCUGCCAGGGGUACACAGGAGUCCACAGAACAUUCUGCUUUUUGGAGUGCUGUUGAGUUCUCUCAGGAGACCCUGACCCUGCACACAGAGGACGUUAGAUCAUAUUCUUCUAGUGACCGCUGA